AUGCAUCCCAAACUCCAUUCUAUUGCCACAUCCCUUUUACUGGCCACUCAGGCCCAGGCUUUCCGCGUCACUUUCUACCUGGGUUCCCAGUGCCGCGGCGCUCGGCUGGGCACUGGAUCCUACUCUUACCCAGGGUAUCCUAAUGCCUGCCACAACGUCCCUCCCAAUGCAAUCUCGGCGACCAUCGAGCCGGAGUAUCUCGAUGGAGAAUCCAAUAACGUUGCUUUUUGGAAGUCAUGCAGCCAGGAUCUCAUAGCCAGCGGCGAUGACAAUUGCCUCAACUUCCCCAAAGCGACAAGGUUCUCCAUCCGUGAAGAUUGGACCGUCCCUGGCAAGCGGAGCGUCCCUUCCGCCGCUACUACCUCCACAACAGAGAGUGAAAAGGCCAUCGCGCCCCUAGCCCAGAAGACGCGUGCUCGCGGUCGUUCCCGCACUGCCGCCCACGCCCCAUGGGCCGCCGAGCAGGCGCGGCAUCGCCAGCGUCUCAACGUGUCGGAGGCUGCCGCGCUCGGCUCGCUCUCGCCGUACUUCGACCCGGCCAUCAUGGCGGAGGGCGGGUUCGGGCACGGCAACGUGUCCGAGGCCUUUGGCGACACGGUGCGCUGGCAGCAGGUGGCCCUGGGCAUCUCCGUGGGUGUGCCUAUCCACGAGUGGGACGAUGCCGUCCACGUCAAGAGCGACGCUUUUGUCCCCUACGGCGACGUCCACUCUCGCGGGCUCGAAGCGCGCGAUGACGGGUGCGGCGGUGCUGCUGCCCCCGACGAGGAGGGCGUCUGUCAUUCUCACUGGGCGUUGGCGGAGAGGUCGGAGCACGAGAAGAGAUGGGAUUAUGCUCGCUGUCGGUCGCUCUUGACGUGUGUGCGAGACACCGUCGGCGGGGCGCCGCUGCGGCUCGCUGACGGAUGGGCGCAGGGAGUUGAGUGCGCCAACCGGAUCAAAGCGGCAGGCUCAACGCUCUACGACUAUGUGAAGCGGUACCCGGUGACUUGCGAGGUCGUGAAGCUCGGCGCGGGGGGCCGUGAUCGGUUACGGGUUCGCUCAGAUCGGUUCCGGUGGAGGGUGCUACGGCUCAAGACACCGACGAGCUAG